AUUUUUAUUAACUUACGAGAAUCCCGGGAUAACCUGCGAUCUGAAGUCAGACCUAGAACAGCGUGUUCGACUGCCAGACCAGCGAGGCCUAAACAAAUCGCGGUAAAAGUGAAUGUACCACCACGUGCACGACUGCGGCUAGAUGAAGCAUUUGAAAACGCUGCUCGGAGCCGGGAAACACACAUAUUCUCUACGGCAUCCAUCAGUGAACCAGUUCUUCGGUGGCAACGAAAACCGGUGGCCGAAAAUGAACGGAACCGUCCAAGUCACACUGCGUGGUGGCAGACUAAUUUGAGACACCUAUGGCGUCAGAAUGGCCCAUCCCUGAAUCUCAAAGACCGCGUGCAUCAAGCUACAGUAUGGGCUGUUGUGUUAUAUGGCUGUGAGACUUGGCCUAUUCGAGCAGCGGAACUGAGACGUCUUCAUGUGUUCGACAAACGUUUUCUCAGAACCACAGUUCUUGUGGGUUGGUGUCGGCGAAUCCGUAAUGAGGUAGUUAGAAAGCGCGCUUUCGGUUGUGUAACGGGUACUUCCAUUGAGGAAUGUGUCCAACACCAGAAGCUGCGUUGUCUACUGUAUAUGAGACAACCAAAGGAGGUAGUAAAAGAACCCCGACACAAGGUUGUGAAGGGCGAGGAGGCUCAGGAUAAUGAACGGCGAGCACGUGGACAAUUGUCCCUUAAGGCGCUGACAAAGGAGGAGUCCUCGGCAGCGUGCAGUGAAGAUAUCCGCAUUCGUUGCGCAGGAGUAGAGGCCCUACAAAACCUAUGCAUCGGUCAAAGAGGGCAAGGGGUCCAAAAGCUUUUAGACAGCCGUUUGCAGUCCGAGCCAUUUCCGGUGGCCCGAGAUGCCAAACGUGGCGUUACCACUGAGGAAGCACGUGAUAACUGGCGACGGGAUCAUGUCAAAGAAGCAGGACAAAUGAACAACAUUCUUGAUCAGGGCUGGCCC